AACAUCCCUUCAGUGGGUCACGAAACGAAACGCUACCAUAAUUAGCAUAUUUAGUGAGUAUAGGCCCGUAUGCAUAAAGAUGUGUGUCCCUGUCCGAUAAUGGACGCAUUUCCACUUCAUGACAUCACUCGAGUGACAGGGCAGCCGUGUUGGGGUGCGGAGGAGGAGGAGGAGGAGGAUCUCUCUCUCCAUAAGUUUACUUUGCCCUUUGCGGGAGAUGAGAUUCAGCCUCCACUAACCCGCCGUGAGACGAUCAGGGACGGGGGAGGAAACUUUGUGACCACGCUGAAAACUUGCAGGAGUCAGGAUUAUCUGCGGGUCAUGGACGGUUUUGUCUAGUGGAGUUUCUUUUGCCGAUUCCCGGGUUGUGCGCCUGCAGCAGAGCGGACCGGGCAGUGCGACUCCAGCCGGCUCUGAAGGAAACCAUAUCUGGUCAAAGUAUUCGUUGCUGUCACCCGGCGGGACCGUCCGGCUAUAAAUAGCGGUGGAGGAGGUUUUUCUCUUAUCCAGGAGUGUUCACGGCUGCCUUUGCUGUUAUUUUACCCCUGCGCUGGGUGCCAUCGAGAUAUAGAUUUUGUUUUUUAAACCCCAGGGUCUCGCAGGCUCCUGAUCUUUUGUCUUUCUCAUUUGGAGGGGUUAUUGAGGUGAGCUGUCCAUCAUGUCGGUGUUGAGGAAGGAGAUGGAGAAGUACAGGGACGUAGAUGAGGACGAGCUGCUGAAAAAACUGUCAGAGGAAGAGCUGCAGCGAUUAGAGGAUGAAUUAGAAGAGCUGGAUCCUGAUAAUGCAUUGUUGCCAGCGGGUAUGCGACAGAAGGACCAGACAAAGAAAGCUCCGACAGGAACGUUUCAGAGAGACAACCUGCUGGCUCACCUGGAGAAACAGGCCAAAGAGCAUCCUGACAAAGAAGACCUGGUGCCCUUCACAGGGGAGAAGAGAGGGAAAGCCUUCGUGCCUAAAAAGAGGGUGGACCCCAUCAUAGAGAGCGUGACUCUGGAGCCGGAGCUAGAAGAAGCCUUGGCUAGUGCCUCUGAUGCUGAACUCUGUGAUAUCGCAGCUAUCCUAGGUAUGCACACCCUGAUGAGUAACCAGCAGUACUAUGAAGCCCUCGCCAGCAGCACCAUAGUCAACAAGCAGGGCCUCAACAGUGUAAUCCAGUGUACCCAGUAUAAACCAGUCCCUGAUGAAGAACCCAACUCCACUGACGUAGAAGAGACACUGUUGAGAAUGAAGAGGAACGACCCGGACCUGGUCGAAGUCAAUCUCAACAACAUCAGGAACAUCCCCAUCAAGACCCUGAAGGCGUACGCUGAGGCUUUGAUGAAAAACACUGUGGUGGAGAGGUUUAGUAUUGUAGGAACCAGAAGCAACGACCCUGUAGCAUUUGCCUUAGCAGAGAUGUUGAAGGUGAAUACGACACUGAAGAGCUUGAACGUUGAGUCCAACUUCAUUACAGGGACUGGAAUCCUGUCCCUCAUAGAGUCACUGCAGAGUAACACCACACUACAGGAGCUCAAGAUAGAUAAUCAGAGCCAGCCGUUAGGCAACAAGGUGGAGAUGGAGAUAGCCAGCAUGCUGGAGAAAAACACCACGCUGUUGAAGUUUGGAUAUCAUUUCACCCAGCAGGGCCCACGCCUCCGAGGCUCCAAUGCCAUGAUGAACAACAACGACCUGGCCCGAGUCGUCAGGUCAGAGUCGGACGGAUCCUUCACCCUCACUCUGUCUGUCCCUGAGCUGGAGAGGGCCUUUGGGAAAAAGUUCAAGUCUAAGACUAAUAAGAAAGAGAAGGCUUGAGGGAGGACCCAUCUUCCCCAAGUGUCGGACAAAUGUGUAGAAACCAGAGCUACUCUCAACCCUCUGUUACCCUUCUUCAACUACUACCAGUUUGCCAAAUCCAGUCUUGUCACCCUUCUAAGCAUCACACCAUCGAUGACCUACCCAGAAGACUACGCCCCAUGUCAGGUUUGGUUGUUUGAGGUUCACAGGCAAUCUCUGACCUCUCUCUACUUCUAGACGCUUUUUUAGCAGAUAUUAAAGGAUCCAAUGGGGAUUAAUCAGCAGUGUCCUUCUAAGCUUUCAGUGCAUGCAAAGGUGACAUUAUGUGUUUAUGAAGUUUGAUUUUGGUUCCAGGCUUGAACAUUUGCUGUAGCUCUUUGAACGAACUAACCAGGUGAAGCUUACUGUGUCACCAUCAAUCCUUUAGUAUCAUCUCCUCAAGUGUCUAGAUUACUUAAUAAAGUGGGCUGGAGGUCUUGUUUUAAAUGAGGACCCACUGAAAGGUGACGGGACACUUUUAGCAAUCCAUUUCUAUUGAUGAGUUGGAUGAAUUAUUAUUAUUAUUAUGCUGUAAAUGAGUUGUGCUGUCAUUACUGUUUGUUCUGCUCCAAGGUCAACAUUCAAGAUGUUUUCUACCAAUUAUAUAAAAAGCUAAUGUCCCUUUUGAAUUAGAUAAACCUAAAUAAAAACCUCUGAGAAAUGCUAUAAUAUUGGAUUUUGACCUGAUCGUAAAAAUCUGGUGUUGUAACCUUUUUCUUAUUCGAUCUAAACAAUAUUUUAGCGAAUGACUGUCCUCAGAUAUUAAGCUAAUACAUAUAGAUAGAUUUGUUACCUGGCUACUGUGAGAUUUGUUGCUAUAUACAGAAUAUAUUUAUUUGUGACAGACCUGGGAAAGAGUCAGAAGCCGUUCAAGUACUUGACAUGACUUGGAUUGAUAGUUCUGGACAGAGUGUAGUGGUAAAUACAAUGCCCCUCCCUUACUAAUUAAUACAGGUGAUGUGAAAACAGGUGAGUAAACUCUCACCUUGGUUUAACCCCUAUUAUGACCCUGGUGCUGAAUAGUGUGAUCACUUGUGUAGAAAUGUUUCUGUAAAUGAAAAUCUACACUCUAGUUACACUUGUUACAUUAUCCAGCAUUUAUGUUUCCAGUACCUGCAGCUGCCAAUUCAAGUUUUAUUUACUGAAAUGAGACAUCUUAUCUAGAAUGUAUUGUAUGUAAUUCUCUAUGUAAGUCAGACUAAUUAACUAAGUAACUGCGAGUAUUUCAAUGGAUGUCUGUUACACUUUCAACCAGGUCUGGUUUGUUGAUUGUUGUUUGUGUUUAUUUUUAUUUACUGGAGCUAAAAUGUGUGGUUUAAUACAAAGUAGGUGGUACUGUUGACUUACUGUGUAUUACAGGUGUCACAUUAAUUCAGGUGUGGAGUAUUUCAGUAAUGCGUGGUAUACACAGAUUUAAAAACACAGGAAACCUCUAAUGUCUUUACAGCUGUCAGAUCCAUUUUGUUGAAAUACAUUCAAAACAUUCUUCUAUCAAGGGGAAAACAGAUCUUUCAAUGCCCGUUUAUGUGCUUGUUAACUCCAACGAUUAACACUGCUGUAUAUUUUGCAGCACUUUCUUCUAACUUUAAAAUCAACAGCACAAAGGGAGAAAGAAGGGUUAGCUGCUAUUCAGGCAAAAACUAGAGCUAAUAUGUAGCUGCUCCAGAAAAACUAUCAGUGGCAGACUCAAAGGUAAAACCAGCCCUACUUUACCAUCCAUGUUUCCCUGAUAUCAACAACUGUACCCAAUACUGACGCUCAGAGAUAAAAAUGACAGCAUGAUUCAGGGUAAAAUAACCCAUUUAAUGUUAUUUAAUAUCACUGCUUUGUUACUUUCUCUCGUCAGUGCUGUGGGUGUUGUUCAACAAAUGAUAAUUAUGGAUGUAAACAUUUGUAAGCAAUAAGUAGUUGAAUGCAAGGUAAAAGAGGACGAGGACUCCUGCCACCCACAGUCUCUAUGUCCCGUUCUUCUCUUCUGUCUCGUGUUUUCUGAUAUUUUAGUGCUUGACUCUGUUUUGUUAGAUAGUUCACCUUUUUUGGUUGAAUUUUUUGUUUAUAGAAAUAAAUAAAGCUUGAAAAUAAGA